AUGGCCAAAGCUGCGAAUGCCCGGAGUCUGCUCUAUGUGCCGGUGGACGUGACCGACGCCUCGAUGUCUUCCACUCUGCCACGCAAUGGGAAGGACAGAGACCUGAUCUACAGGCCGCCACCGCCAAAGCCGGACUUGAGACGCCGCGACUCCGCGCCGGACCUCCAGGAGCACAUAUGGAAGCAGAGGCCGAAGUCCAAUGCAUCCAACCCGCCAUCUCCCACCUCCGAGACAGGCUUGAAGGAGCUGACUCGGGGUGAAGAACCCCAGCUCUUGUGGGAACGCUCUCGCUCUCGCUCUCCCGAAAAGCUGGCGCGUGCCUCGCAAUUCUCACUCUUCCCGCAUGGCGAGAUGGACAGGAGGCAUCGCCUGAAGUCGACAUCGCCGGUCCGCAGUGUGUCGCCCAGCUUCCGGUCAAGUCCGAGGAGCCCCCGGAGCCCGAGCGGCACCCGGACCCCGGCCAAGGAUUACUCCCGCAGCAUCCACGUGACGGACACCCCGUGGACCCGGCAUCCAUCCUCGCCCGUACCGAGACCUUGGAAGUGA